AAUUUCACUGAAACAAAUUGUGCACCUUGUGCAAUUUUAUUAGAAAAGGGGGGCGAAACUACAAUUUUUUUAUUUUCUGUCGGUCUAACUUAAAAUAUACAAAUUUUCUGGUCCAAAAAGCCACAGGUCUCAGCCGCUCAUCAAUGGCUGCCUUAGCAUUCACUCACCAAAAUCUUCUUCAAUUUACUCCGAUAUUGACGCCUCCAAAACCAAAACUCAAACCCAAAAGAACCAAAACCAAACUCUCUAUCCAAACAAUUACGGCUGUACCACAAGCUUCUUUUACUGACCAGUAUGUUCUCCAAUUAGCUGACGCAUUAGAAGACUCUCUCCCUUCUUCUCCUUCUUCUUUGCCUCUUCAAAAGCUUAGAGACAAUUCGUCGGUAACCCUUCUUUCAACCGAAUGGCCCUCCCGAAAAGAAGAGUCUUUUCGUUUCACAGAUACGUCUUUUAUCAAGAAUUCAGAUAAAAAGCCAAUUUCACACCCACCAAAAUCCCUAACUUUUUUGGAUGUUUCGAGAGAUACCCAGUUUAAAAGUUUUGAUUUUGUUGAUGGGUUUCUUGUGGAUUCUUCAUUUGAUUCAUCAAAGUUGCCUGACGGGGUUUAUGUAGGUAGCUUGUUAAAGUUAUCUUCAGAGGGAAUUCUUAACAGGGUGUGUGAAUUUUUAGGUGAUUUUGAAUGGGGUGAUUUGUUUUGGUCUGUUAAUGGAUUGGGGGCUCCUGAUUUGAUGGUUGUUUAUGUGCCCGAGGGGUGCAGAGUUGAGAAUCCUAUUUAUUUGAAGUACACUUCAGUUGAGGGAGGUGAUGAGGGGUCCAAAAAGAUGCCACUUUCCAAUCCGAGAGUGUUUGUGUUGGUUGAGAAAGGAGGGGAAGUGGGGAUAGUUGAGGAGUUUGCUGGUAAAGAAGGAAGUGAGUGUUAUUGGACUAAUUCAGUCUUGGAGAUGGUGAUUAGAGAAGGAGGAAAGGUUAGGCAUUCUUAUGUGCAAAAACAAUCUUUGAGUGCCGCUCAUAUCAAGUGGACUUCAGUCCGGCAGGAAUCAACUAGUACCUAUGAGCUUGUUGAGGUAAGCACUGGUGGAAAAUUGAGCAGGCAUAAUGUCCAUGUCCAGCAAUUGGGCUCUGAUACAGUAACUGAGUUAACAACAUUUCAUUUGUGUGUUGGUGAUCAAACCCAAGAUCUACACAGUAGAAUAGUUUUGGACCAUCCGAGAGGUUAUUCUCAACAACUGCACAAAUGUAUCGUGGCUCAUUCAUCUGGGCAAGCAGUUUUUGAUGGAAAUGUAAAGGUCAACAGAUAUGCACAACAGACAGAUGCAGGGCAACUAACAAGGAGCCUUCUUCUUGAGCCUCGAGCGACUGUAAAUGUCAAACCCAAUCUCCAAAUCAUGGCUGAUGAUGUAAAGUGCUCUCAUGGAGCUGCAAUAAGUGACCUGGAAGACAGCCAACUUUUCUACUUUCAAGCACGUGGGAUUGACUUGGAAACUGCUAGAAAGGCACUCGUUGUUUCAUUUGGGGCUGAGGUUAUUGACAGGCUACCGUAUUCUUUUGUCCAGAAGCAAGUAAAAGAUCAUGUGAAAGAAUUGCUUGAAUCCACAAGAAAAGGCCCUUCAUAGUCAUCGAUAACUGAUGGUUUAUGUGUCUAAUUAUGAGUAACUAUCAAUUUUUCAAAUAAUCGUCCCUCCAUUCAAGCAAAUUUUGUUCUUGUUUGGAAUAGAGAGGAUUUUAGCUCUACUAUCAAAUAAAAAGUUAUUGCUUAAUUGGUUAUGUUGUUGAGAAAAAUUUUUAUAUAUUUUUUGUGUAUGGUUCAUGGUUCGCACUCUGAUCUUAAGGAGCUCUCCAACCAAAAUGGAAAUGGAAUCCCACAUGGAGAACUAAAGCAAGAGAGUUUGUAGUAUAUAAUAAAAUGUUAACAAACAAUCGCUUGUGUUCGUAGAAAGGAGAGAUGGUUGGCAUCUCCCCUGACAGGGACGGGAACGGCCUUCGGGCUUUCCUGUUAACACAUCCGGUUAAGGCUACCCACCUUUAAAGUGGAUCUGUAACCCAAUUUUU